UUUUAAAACGAUGUAAUAGCUUUUCUUAUCAAACUGAAGUAAAGUAAUCUGAAAAUAAUAAAUGUAUAUUAUAUUCUUGAAACAAAAUACUGGCUAGUAAUAUUUAUCCAGCUCAUUGGUAACACUGUUAUUUCAAAUCUUAAAUGGCUGCCGUAGUAAGCGUUAAACGUUAAAACUGUCAUAACGUUGUUUGAUCAAGCUAAUGUGCAAUAAUGACAUAAAAAUCACAUAGUAAUGAUGGAAGAAUUCAAUGUUGAUAUUGUGCAUGUUCUUCAGAAUAGAGACUUUAGUGUAUUACAGAAAUUAAUACCGUAUUUGUAUGACUUUCGAGCAAAAAUUGCAGCUAAAGUUGAAGAUGCAACUGCACAUGAAUCUAAUUGUAUAAAGAAAAGAACACAAAGUGAAAGCAAAAUAUCAGAAUUACAACAAGAAAUUGAAAGUUUAAAAUCUGAAAUAGAUGUAACAAAAUUGCAACAAAAGAUUGUAGAUAAAAAGAUUGCAAAUGGAAUUAAACAGGAAGAAGAAUUAGAAGAGGAAGUGAAUGGUGCAAAAUUAAAGAGAGACAAUUUAACAAUUGAAAUUGUUGAUUUACGUGAAAAAUCAGAACAAAGGAAAGCACAUAAAAAAUCAACUUGGGAUGGCAUUAAACGCGCUUGUAAAAUUUAUAGACAAUACCUAGACUUUCAUAUACAUUUAAUCCAUGAAAAAGAAGGGGAACAACUUAAAGUUUCUUUUUUUGUAAAUGACCCUAACACAGAAAAUGAAUACUUUGUGAGGUUACUUAAUUGUAAUAAUCAAUGGAAAGUGGAACAGAUUCAACCUUCGCUUAAGGAACAACAUCUGACUGAUUUCGAAAGAAUUAUUGACUUUUCUAAACAAUCAAAGGUUUCAGAUAUGACUGCAUUUCUCUGUAAACUCAGAUAUAUUUUUACUAAAUAUUACUUAAAUGUAAAAUAAAAUUGAAAGUUUAUGUAGGUAAGGAUAUUCUUACAGUAUUGACACUAUUUAUUAUAAGAGUAAAGCCUUUAUUAAUAAAAAUUAAUAUCUGAAUUGUCUUAUUACAUAUUAAAAAUUUGCAACACUAUACAUCGCAAAACUUGACAUUGGUAUGGUUUUAUUAAAAUAUAUUCGUUAUUAGUAUAAGUAUUUGUUACAUAUAUUGUGACAUGUAUCUUAAUGUACUAUUUGCCUACAGCAUAGAUUGAAAACAGUAAACUGCUAAUCACAGUGUAGAUAAAUUACUAAAGUUACAAAGAAGUUUCCAUUUGAUUUCUACUUAUAUAUGGCACCUAUAGUGAUUUGAAAUUAUCUAUCAUGAGCGGUUAAGUUUGUUUGGAAUUAUUAAUUUUGCUAAAUUGUAAAUAUAUUUGACUUAUUUAUCUAUUUAUCAAACAGUUGUUAUAAAUAUUAUCUAAUACUCAAUUAUCUCAAUUUCAACUUCUCAUCGUCUUUAAAAGUCUCUUAUAAAAAAAUUAUUUAAUUAAUAAAUUAUUUCGAUAAAGUUCUAGUUAUUGAAGUUACAACAGUCGAUAGUAAUAACUAUUUUUUCAUUUCCAUGAAUUAAAGAAAAGUUACAUUUAAUAUAAAAUGAAUCUUUUUAAGAUAAAAGAGACGAACAUAUAACAUUAUGAAUAAAUUUUUAAUAAUAUUAUUGUUUCAGUAUUUGCACCGAAGAAAAUUCUGGAAGUUUCGAUUUUUGACGAUUUUGAUUUUAUUUAAAUGUAUGUAUUAGAUUGUAUCAAGAAAAAUUGUGUUUACGUUGAACGGUGAAAAUUUGUUAAAUUCAAUUUGUUUCAUCGUUCUUGCGGAAAAUCGAAUUCUUCACUGUUUAUUGUAUUUUACAUUCAAUUUUGAUAUUAACAUAACUACUUACGAAAUAUUUACGCGUCUUACUCAUACAUGGAAAGGGCCAAUUGAUUAUGUAUGCAUAGAAGCACGUUGAUAACAAUUCAUCCCUAUUGGCAAGAGUUAACGAGAGAGUCAAUUGAUCGCCCACUGCCAAUCAGCUCAUAUCGCGUACACAACGUAAGUUAACAGAUUUCACUUACACUAUUGACCCGCCCGAUCGUUCAUUUACUCGAUCAUUCAAGAAUUUAAUUAAAGAUCGAAACGUUGACGAUGGGAAUCGAUGCGUUACUAUGAUGUACACUAGCCGUAUUCACGUUGUCUGCGUUGAUCAGGUUCGAUACGAUUAAUAUCUAAUGAAUAAUCUCUGUUUAUUACAUUUAAUUUAAAAGUUCAUUUUUUUCGCUUAAGAGAAAAUAAAUAUUCAACUAUUAUACUAAUGCGAGAAUUCUAUAUGUUAUCUUACAUAAUAUAGUGGCAUACUAGAUAUUAUUCGUAUGAACCGAUAUUAAUAAUGAAUAAUCUAAGGCAAUCGGAGCACGAAAAUCUUGAUACACAAUACGUCACAUAAGCGUUACGGAUAAUACUUUGAAGUAUGGAUGAUUAACGAUAAUUUCGAGCUCGAUUAAAAGCUAAUUUCAUUAAUCGAUCCCGAAAACUUUGUAUGUAUGUAUAUGUGUGUAUAUUUCAAGAUAUUAAUAGAAGUAGAUGAAAAUCCUAAAUAAUACGAGUUGGAAUGCGAAUUGAAAUUUGUAAUGAGACGUUCGAAAGAUCAUCUAACUCUAUCUAUUGUUAAACAGGACGUAUGGUGUGAAAAAAAUAAUGGAAUUAAUGACUAUUUACAGUGUAACGAUGUCGUCUAUUAUAAAACAAAAACUUUAACAAAUUGUUCCUGAACUUCGAUUUAGACAAAGAUGGUAUUCCGACAACUCUUUCAGCUUGUGUUCGGCACGAAUAUAUAACAUACAUGCUUUUUCUUUUUUUUAUUUUUUCAGGAAAUGUUACAAUUCGUUUUCGAGUUUUUGUGCUCUACUAUCUAACACGUAUAGAGAGAUCGUUCUGUCACAAUAAAAGGAACAACGUCUCUCACGAUAUGUGAUGAAAACUCGCUAAAAUAAAUAUAUAUCUUUACUUAAUAAUUACUACAGCAAAUGCAGUACACAUCUACCGAUUUAAAGACCGAUGCAAUCAGUUUUUAACUAUCGAUUAUAGGAUUAGCGACGUAUGAGAUGUCCCGUUAGUGUCUCAUGAUGUUAACGAAUGCAUGUGUGUGUUAUUCUGUUACUAUUAUUAUUAUCAUCAUUAUCAUUAUUAUUAUUAUUAUGCAGCUUCCUUUUCAUUCGAAUGCUUCCAAGAAAUCCACGCAAGCGGAUUAGAUUAACGAACUAAAACGCCCGUGUCGAACUUGAAAACGAGACUGCACCAAGAAUCACCCGUUUAUCACAAUGGCCAAUAGUACCCUCGAUAUCCAUUUCAGUGUCCAUUUCAUAGAUAUCUAUCUUUGUAGCAUCGUACAAACGGGCGACCGCGAGUCGAAUAAAUUCUUCCUCUCGAUCGUUUCUUCCUUCUUGUUCGUUUCCGUUUUUUAACUUUAUUGUGCCGAUCGAUCGUAUCUUACGUUCUUUAUCCUAUUUCCAGUGGACUACUCGAGGGUCGCUGCGAAAGAAACAUUUCCUCCGGAAGCAGCCGCCGCGGCAGCUAACAACAACGUCGGUGGCAACGGCGGAAGUGGCGACGUUUGCUCGGUGGGAGUUGAAACGGUCGUUGGACAAUUAUUGGCGACACCAUAGACUUUGGCGUGAUUGACUUCGAAAGCCACGGUCAAGUCUGCGAGUCCAGGAUCGCACAACACCGGAUUAUCUGCAAACAAAAANAAAAAAAAAAAAAAAAAGAAGAAAAAAAAUAACAUCGGAACAUUGCAAAAGAGGAGCUUCUUUUUCUUUCUUUCUUUCUUUUUUUUUUUUUUCUUCUUCUAUGACGUAUAUCAAAGACAGAUAAACAAAAAAUUAGAUAGGCGUCUGGUUGGCACACUUUCUAAGCAGAAAAUUGGUCACAACCAUGACGUCGCGAAUAGCGAAUAACGUGCUCCGAAGCACGUUGCAUAUAGAUAUAUGGCGAAUCACGUGUGACGGAAAAUUCGAGUCCUGUUGGAAGGCCUUGAAAAGCUCUGAUAUCUACGAUUUUUAUAUCUUUAAUAAUUUAUAUAAUAAAUGGAGGUUACGAAAACUAUCAAGUCCAUCAAGAAUUCUAGUUAUGCCCAAAGUGACACGAAGUUUCAUCGAAUAUUGACGAACUUCGAAUUUCUCCUAAGCUGACUGAGAAAUCGGACGUGGUUGAAAACGACAGUUCCUCGAGAUUUUUCGAGGGAGAUUUUUGCAAACGGAUGCUGACUGAGAUAGGGGAAAUGCUUGUUUGUAUCUCGAUGAUGGAAUUCUUAAUCGGUCGUGAGAGGCCUCGUAAACAUACGAUCGCGUAUCACGCAUCCGAUAACAAUAACAGCGGCGAUAAAAUUGUCACGAAUCGGUGAUCUGUACGAGAGAAAGAGAAAGAGAAGCACAAAAGGAAGAAAGAAAUAGAAAUGAAAUAGCGAUUUAAGGAGAUCGUAUACAGCAACGUGAUGAAAUAUAAGAAACGUACGACGUUUAAUCAAGACUGACAGCCACACGAUAAGUGUUAAAAUGGAUUACUGAAGCAACAUUGUUACAUAGCCAAGAGUUUUUUGAAUCGUGCCAGAAGACAUGUACAAAAUAUGUGCGGCCCGUAUCUACUGAAUUCGAUCGAUCCGAAUCAACGACUGUUUACAACUAUCGGUGUGAUAAACAUUUUUCUUUGAUAAUUCAUCACUAGAUAGAUUGUUGUAUCAAGCUUAUCUGUUUUUUUUUCUUUUCUUAUUUAGAUACGUAAGCUACAAUAUUAUAAUAUUUAAUUCGUUAUCACAAUCGCACAAUUUGUUUCUUCAACUACUUCAAUUUCGCCUUUACUCCAAGUGAUAUAAAAGGUUUCUUAAUUUUAGAAAAAAAAUCUUGCUCGAUGACUACUCGAAGAAAGGCUACUCUCAGGAGGUCUUCUCUUUGCUACUAAAAUAUAAUUGAUUUUGUUCAGUGACAGGUAUCUCGUCCAAGCAACUUAAGAUGUCUUAUGAAACAGAGUAAAGAGUUUCCAAAAAAAAAAGAAAACGCGCGCGCAAGAUCUUUGCAUGUUCUGUUAUUUUCAAUUCGUGAAAUAUGCGAUGCAUAACGGGCGGCAAGGGUAAAGAGAACAAAAUUUUCAUAAGUAGCACGAAUCGUCCGAGAAAUGAUUGGCGGACAAAUUCUCUGCACGUGGCUGGUCACGUGCGCGACAAGCGCCAGCGAAACCCCACCAUGCAUCUACUAGCUGUCUUCCUCUCUUCGAGAUGAAUUGUUCGUUCAUACGCCGGCUACAAAUACAUCGCGAAGUCACGCGUAAUAUGCAAAACGUGCUUAGAAUGUAUUAUCUGUACGCCGUGCCGAUUUAACGAGUAUGAUUGAUGUAAUGAGGCGAAG